CACUUUCCUUAUUAUAUCCACUCAAACACACGUACGUCUUACUAGCUUUUCCUGCUGAACCCUGAUAUCGAUAUCGAGAUCGAUAAUGGCCGGAGGUUUUUCGAUCGCCGCCGACGGCAAGUCCGGCCGGCGUGAAUUCAAGGGCAAGAUCACGUGGUACGUCUGGAUCUGCGGCAUCAUCGCCGCCACCUGCGGCCUCAUGUUCGGCUACGACAUCGGCAUCUCAGGUGGUGUGACGGCCAUGGACGACUUCCUGAUCGAGUUCUUCCCGUCGGUGUACGCGCGGAAGCACCGUGCCAAGGAGAACAACUACUGCAAGUUCGACGACCAGCGUCUCCAGCUCUUCACGUCGUCCCUCUACCUGGCGGCGCUCACGGCCAGCUUCGGCGCGUCCAUGGUGUGCACCCGGUUCGGGCGCAAGCGGACCAUGCAGGCCGCGUCCGUCUUCUUCCUGGCCGGGACGGGCCUCUGCGCGGGGGCGUCCAACCUGGCGAUGCUCAUCGUGGGCCGGAUCUGCCUGGGCGUGGGCGUGGGCUUCGGCAACCAGGCCGCGCCCUUGUUCCUCUCCGAGAUCGCGCCGGCCCACAUCCGCGGCGCGCUCAACAUCCUCUUCCAGCUCAACGUCACCAUCGGGAUCCUCGUGGCCCAGAUCGUCAACUACCUGACCUCCACCGUCCACCCCAUGGGCUGGCGCUACUCGCUCGGCGGCGCCGCGGGCCCGGCGGCCGUGUUGUUCCUGGGCUCGCUGGUGAUCACGGAGACGCCCACGAGCCUCGUGGAGCGCGGGCAGAAGGAGGCCGGCCGCGCCAUGCUGGAGCGGAUCCGGGGGACCAAGGAAGUGGACGAGGAGUUUGAGGAGAUUUCUCUGGCGUGCGAGACCGCGGCGAAGAUGUGCGAGGAGGAGAAGCCGUUCCGGAGGCUCCGGCGGAGGGAGAGCCGGCCGCCGCUGGUGAUCGCGAUUGUGAUGCAGGUGUUCCAGCAGUUCACGGGGAUCAACGCCAUCAUGUUCUACGCGCCCGUGCUGUUCCAGACCAUGGGCUUCGCCAGCAACGCGUCCCUGCUCUCUGCCGUCGUGACCGGCGGGGUGAAUGUCCUGUCCACGCUCGUCUCCAUCGUGCUCGUCGACAAGAUCGGCCGCCGCAAGCUGCUCCUCGAGGCCUGCGUCCAAAUGCUCAUCGCCCAGGUGGCGGUGGGGGGGAUAAUGUGGGUGCACGUGAAGGCGAGCAACAGCCCGAGCCACGGGUGGGCGCUGGCGACGGUGGUGCUCAUCUGCGUCUACGUGUCGAGCUUCGCGUGGUCGUGGGGGCCGCUGGGCUGGCUCAUCCCGUCGGAGACGUUCCCGCUGGAGACGCGCACGGCGGGCUUCUCCUUCGCCGUCAGCUCAAACAUGUUGUUCACGUUCGUCAUCGCGCAGGCGUUCCUCACCAUGAUGUGCACCAUGCGGGCAUUCAUCUUCUUCUUCUUCGGCAUCUGCAUCGUCGUAAUGGGGGCCUUCGUGCUCACGCUGCUGCCGGAGACCAAGGGCGUGCCCAUCGACGAGAUGGUCGACAGGGUCUGGCGCAAGCACUGGUUCUGGAAGAGGUACUUCCGCGACGCCGACGACGCCAAGGUUAACAACUGCUAGCUGGCUUAGUUAGCUCACGUACGUACCACGGUGGUGACGAUGAUGAUGAAAUUAAUUAAUUAAUUAGCUUGUGUAUUUAUUUAUCAUUGAUUAGUUUGAUGAUGGUUAUUAUUUGUGACACGACUGUGAUUUCACCCUUGUGAGAAUAAUACAUAUGUAAUCCAUGCUAA